CCUUAAAAAUUGUGUACCAAACAAACUUCAACAAUAAACAGUUUUAAGUUAUAAUAUAUGCUGAGGAUACAUUUUCCUUUCAUUCUACUAUUUUAUGUUUGAAAACUUCUAAUUAAACUUUAUCAGUAAAUAAUUACAUUAUUCUCAAUAACAAAAGUAUGAAAAUAUGAAUAACGCUAUGGCUGGUAAUAAUACCUCGGUAGAAGAUGUGAACAAAUCGCAUCUAGCUGCCGUGUUGCAGAUUUUGAAAAAAUACAACCUGAAGAAUACUGAGGAACUCUUCAAGAAAGAAGCUAAUAUUAGUGACGGCUUGGAAUCCUCGUCAAAUUUACAAAGAGAAUCUAAUGUUAGUAGUGUAUUGACUGGAUAUAAAAGUGAUGGAGAUCCAGAAACAUAUAUUAAUUCUUACCGUGAAUUGAAAAAUUUCGUUGAAGAUUCUCUAGACAUAUAUAAGCAUGAAUUGGGAACGAUUUUAUACCCUAUUCUUGUCCAUAUGUACUUGGAAUUGGUGUAUAAUGGUCAUACAGAAAAAGCAAUAACUUUGAUGAAGGCAUUUGGUCCAGAACAAGAUUCAUAUUAUCAAGAUGACUUAAGAAAAUUAGCUUUAGUUACUAACAGAGAACACAUGAAUGGAAACGAGUUGACUGAUACCUUCAAAUCUCAUCAAUUCAUCAUAAGGAUGUCGAGAGAUACAUUGUCAUUAUUAAAGAGACAUUUAAAUGAUAGAAAGGCUUCAGUUCUGCUGAAUAUUGUUCAGGAACAUUUAUAUUUUGAUAUGUAUGAAGGUGUUGCAAGGAAUAAGAGUCAAAUAGAUGCUACUUCUGGAGCAGUUGGUGGUGAAGCUAAAAGACAAGAUAAUAAAGUCAAAGUUUUUUAUGGUAUUCCAAAGGCACCUGAUAUACAAAGCUUGGCUGCUCCAAUUGAAGAAGAAGAUGGUGAGGAUCAGGAAAAUCCAGAAAAACCCAAAAAGAAAAAGGCGAAGAAGGAUCCCUUGUUUUCCAAAAAAACCAAAUCUGAUCCAAAUGCACCACCUCCAGAUAGAAUACCAGCCCCUGAUUUGAAAGAUAAUGAUAAAUUAGAAAAAGUAAAAGCAUUACGUGAAGCAUCAAAAAGAGUCACUCUGGGACCAGAAACAUUACCGUCAGUUUGCUGUUAUACUCUAAUGAAUACAAGUCAAUCGGUAUGUUGCGCCGAAAUCACUGAAGACUCUAGUAUGUUAGCAGUGGGUUUCAGCGAUGCAGUCAUCAAAGUUUGGAGUUUAGUACCUCAAAAACUUAAGACACUAAAAUCCGCCCAACAACUACAAGAAGUUAACAUUGAUGCGGAAGAUCUCAUGGUGAGAAUCAUGAAUGAAAGAUCUGGAGAGAUUUGCCGUACACUAACAGGACAUGCCGGUCCAGUUUAUGCAGUGUCCUUUUCACCAGAUCGUACUCUUCUGCUGAGUUGUUCGGAAGAUUCAACGAUUCGAUUGUGGAGUCUGCAGAUAUGGACCAGUCUGGUGGUUUACAAAGGACAUUUGUUCCCAGUGUGGGAUGUCAAGUUUUCUCCCCUGGGAUAUUAUUUUGCCAGUGCUUCGCACGACAGAACUGCAAGACUGUGGGCUACCGAUCAUUAUUCUCCAUUGAGAUUGUUUGCGGGACACUUUUCUGAUGUUGACUGCCUCCAAUUCCACCCGAACUCAAACUACAUAGCGACAGGAUCAAGCGACAGAAGGGUAUGCUUGUGGGAUUGCACCACAGGAAAUCACGUCCGGUUGAUGACCGGCCAUAAGGCUCCAAUUCAUGCGCUUGCCUUCAGUGUCUGCGGACGGUUUCUGUCCUCUUCCGGAGCAGAUUGUAGAGUCCUCAUUUGGGACUUAUCUCACGGUCAUUUGGUAGCUGAACUCACAGGACACGAGAAACCCGUACACACCCUAAACUUCAGCCGAUGUGGAAAUAUUCUUUGUUCCGGCGGAUUGGACUUCAGCCUAAAAGUUUGGGACUUCAGCAAAAUUACGGAAGACAUAAGCUCCGAAGAGGUGAACGUGUCUCAUAAUCCCGAUAUAAAGACUGGUGAACAGUAUUUACUAAGAGAUUUCGCUACUAAAAGUAGUCCGUUGAUACAUUUGCAUUUUACAAGAAGGAAUCUUUUAUUGGCUGUUGCCACUUAUGACGGUUCUAAUCCUUAGACGUAUAAGUUUAGUUUAUCGAAAAAAAAAUGUACAAAUAUAUUUUUACGAAUUUGAUUUAUUCAGUAAAUUUCCUAAUAAAUAUAGCUUCAUUUUAUCAGUUCAUUUCUCUCAUUUAAAUUCCACAAAAUAUCGAUGAGUACGAGUUAUAAUUCGAAAUUCCAAGGAAUACAAAUAACUCCAUCAGAUAGGACUGAAUAAUAUGUGCAGAUGUUUAGAGUCAUUCCUUCCAAAAAUGUAUCGACUUCAUUUUUGUUAUUCAAUAACUUCUCGCAGCAUUUUAUCAUUAGUUCUGGUGUCACGUUGUCGUCCUUUGUUAGAAAUUCUAAUUUGAAGUCGUUUUUACAUUUGCUAUGUAGGUAUUUCUCUUUGUGUUUAUCCCUAGAAAAUAUGAAAUUGACAAAUUAUUUUAUUGUAUAUAAAAAUUACAAUAAAAUUACUUACUGUU